ACAACGCUCGAGACUCAAACAGAAGGAAAUGUCCAGAGAAAUUUGAAUGGAUACCAAGAUACAUUAGCAGAAUAGAAGCAUAUAUUUUGUACUACAGAAUAUCUCAGUCUGUACCAUAUCAUGAUGAAUAAGAUAUGGCUUCCAGUGACCAUAGUUCUUGCCUUGGUAGUCUACAUCAGCUGUGCACCAGCUGGCUGUCCAAGAGGACUAAGUGGACCUGUUUGCGGUUCUGAUGGCCAAACAUACGCCGAUUUCUGCGAUGCUGCCGUGGAAAUAACAGGUGUUGGUGCUUGCGCUGGGGAUGGUGGUGAUGGUGGUGACGAUGAUGGCGGUGAUGGUGGUGAUGGUGGAGAUGAUGGUGAUGAUGAUGACGGAGGUUGGGACUGGGAUUUGGGUUACGAUUACGCAGCAACGGGUGUAGAAUGUGGAGGAGGGGGAUGUGGGGGUGGUAGUAGUAGUAGCAGCAGUGACAGCGACAGUGAUAGUGACAGUUGUGACAGUGACUCAGAUGGGUGUAGUGACUCGAGUUCAGACAGCGAUAGUGACAGUGACAGCUGUGAGAGUGAUUCGGAUGGGUGCAGUGAUUCGAGUUCAGGCAGCGAUAGUGAUUCCAGCAGCAGUUCAGAAGAGGAUUGUGGAUGUGAUGGUGGUGGUGGUUGGUGCGAUUGUGGUGGGGAUGGUGGUGGUGAUGGUGGAGGUGAUGGUGGUGACGGGGGUGAUGGUGGUGACGGUGGUGAUGGAGGCGACGGAGGAGAUGGCGAUGGGGGUGAUGGUGGUGAUGGAGGCGAUGGAGGUGAUGGAGGCGAUGGUGAUGGCGGGGAUGACGAUGAUGAUGAGGAUGGUGGUGGAGAUGGAGGUUGCGGUGGAGAUGGAGGUGAAGGAGCUGAAUGCGGUGAGCUCAAAGCUGAAGGUAGCUCAGUGAAAAUGACAGUGGCAGAACCUUAGAGCGUCGAAACUUGAUCCCGUGCAGAGGUUAUUAAUAGACCGUUAUCAUCGAUGGAUGGACAACAGGUUUGGUUUUCAGCUAAUUACCAUCUUCAUUUCGACUGCAAUCCUCACUGAAUAUUUGUGCUGUUUGUAAUUCAAAUGUCAGAAAAUAAGAUUUUGACAUCUCGUUUAGCAGGUUACAAUUGCCAAUCUGUCAACAGGAUACGAUUGUGGACAUGUUGGUUUAGCUAGCUCGGAGUUAAUCGGAGUCAAUCCUUACUGAAUAUUUUUUAUAUCACAUGUGAAGGACGGUACAGCGAGAUCAUAACUGACUCCGUUAUCUUUCCGAAGUAGACCAACAAGGCCGAAAACAUUAUUAAAAAUAAUCAUGUAAUAUUGAUUUGAUCGAUCAGUAAGGUGAUCAGUUUGGCAGUGGUAACCUUAUGAAUAUCCUGUGCGUGUUUGAACAUUUCCAAACAGUUUUAUAUACAUUGCAAUGAAAUUCUUUGCUUAUUGCUGUUGAUCUGAUAUUGGAAUGAGAUCAUUAUUUAUUAUAGACUAGAUAUCUACUAUGACGUCGAUGAGUAUUUUAAUUUCAUUUGAUUAAACUUAAUUUAUUCCAACUGAAUGUGUACGAAAUGUACACACAACGUGAGACUACUAUUUGUAUUGUUUAUUUGGAUACACUUAGUACUUUUGUACUUGGCCAGAUUUAUGUCAUUUCAUGUUUUAUUACUUUAUUUGUGAAAAUAUAAAAUUGU